CAGGCAGGGGAGCUCUUCAAGGGUGUGAAGUUCUCUCUCCCCCGACUCCUGCCCGCUCUACCCAGGGCUUUUUACAGGCAACAUAUUACGAGCUCGUCUUCCCCAGCCAAGCAACGAAAGCGGAUUACUUUGUUUUCACAGGACUUCCUCGCAACUUCCUGCCAGCACCAGGCUCUGUGUACGAGACGAAAGCGAACGAGUGUGUGUGUGUGUGUGUGUGUGUGUAGGGCGAUACCAAGUGCGGCGCUGCGACAGGGAGGCAACCACCUCCUGAGAGCCAAAGCCGGUGGUUUGUGGGAGACACGUUUCCCAUUCUCGCAGGAAGCCGCUGUCCGCUCCUCCGGGGACAUUGAACGGACAGCUCGUUUCCUCUCGGGCUCUUCCCCGCCCUUCCCGCUCUCCCUCGCUUGGCUCCCUGGCCGACGCUGAAGCGGAGCAGCUGCCACUGCGAGGGAGCAGCGGCGGAAGCAGAAGCAGGCGCAGCCAAGGCGGAGUUCUUGCUGCCUCCAGCCAGGAACCUUUUCCUUUCCUCUCGAGUCCCAGACCGCGUCCUGCGAGAGCACCAGCUUCAGGCAGCGAGAAAGCGAGCCCGGAGUCGGCAACAACAAAAGUUCUCAAAGUGGUGCUGAGAAUGCAGGACAUCCUAUCAGACUGAGCAGGAAGACAGUUAAUUCUCAGGGUGGGUGAAUCCAUGCAAGACAAAAGUGUCUACAGCAGGCUGGACUCAAUCCCUCUUGAUGUGUCUCACCAAACAAAGGCAGGAGCGGCUAUGCAAAAAUGCAUGUGAGCUUGUGAGCCCUUCGACACUAAAUAAGUACAUAAUGGGGAAGCAGAACAGUAAAUUGAGGCCAGAAGUGCUCCAAGAUCUCCGAGAGAAUACAGAAUUCACAGAUCAUGAGCUUCAAGAGUGGUACAAAGGCUUCCUAAAAGAUUGUCCAACUGGCCAUUUGACUGUUGAUGAGUUCAAAAAGAUAUAUGCUAAUUUCUUCCCUUAUGGCGAUGCCUCAAAAUUUGCAGAGCACGUAUUCCGCACUUUUGAUACCAAUGGCGAUGGGACGAUUGACUUUCGGGAAUUUAUAAUUGCACUGAGUGUCACUUCUCGAGGCAAGCUUGAGCAGAAGCUGAAAUGGGCAUUUAGCAUGUAUGACCUUGAUGGCAAUGGCUACAUCAGCCGUGCUGAAAUGCUGGAAAUAGUGCAGGCAAUCUACAAAAUGGUGUCUUCAGUAAUGAAAAUGCCAGAGGAUGAAUCUACUCCAGAGAAACGAACAGACAAAAUUUUCAGACAGAUGGACACAAACAAUGACGGUAAACUAUCUCUUGAAGAAUUUAUUAAAGGUGCCAAGAGUGAUCCCUCUAUCGUGCGGUUGUUACAAUGUGAUCCAAGCAGUGCAAGUCAGUUCUAAUUAAACUCUGGACAGUUUGCAAAGAAAAUUACUGGCUUGUUGUUCAAGCUUUGCUCGCAAAUGGAUGCCUUCUCAACCAUUCCUCAGUGGUUAGUGGAUAAGACUCCACUGCCAGAUUGUCUGUGUAUCCAAGUGAAAGAGCGCCUCACUCCUCUCCCUACCAGCAUCGAUGCAACUCCUCCUUCCACCAUUCCAUUUUUUUCUUUCCCCGCAUAUUGUUAAUCUACACAUCUAACAUAACUGAAGGGUAUGUUUACAUGCAGGUGACAGUGGGGUGAUCCCACAUCACCUGAUUGAUAGGAAGAGAUGACUUCUUUUUUAGUAACCCCUAAAAAGAGAUACUAUGUAUAUCUUUUGUCCAACACAGCAAGGGCAGGCAAUUUAAUUUGCUUCCAAGAAAAUGGCAAUGGAAAUGUGGAAUAAAUUGGGUUUGGUUUUUGUUUUGUUUUGUGUUUUUUUUAAAGAGCAUGAUACCAGUUUCCUUUCUGUGAGGAAAAUUGCUUGCACUUACAUAAUGGUCUUUUCAUUCUGUUAAAUAUAUAUAUAAACUAUAUAUAUAUGGUGAAGUAAUAAUAUUUAGGUCAUAUUUAAUAUAUCAAGUAGAGAAUCCAUGCUUCAUUUCUUCUAGCUGUCUGUGAUUAUUCAAAUCUUUAAAAAAAACAAAUUGUGAUAUUUAUGCAUAGCAAAACUGCCGUUAAAACGUUGCAUGACUAGCUGUUUGUGGAUAUAACACUGUUUAAUUACCAACUGCACCACUUGGUUCAUUUUUACUGUUGAUUGUUCAAGCGUUCACUGUGUUGGUGAAAUCUGAAAAGAAAUCCGUCUCCUUCUGUGUUUCUCUUUGAAGUGCCACUGACAGUGGCUGCAGCUUUUAUAAAAUGGCUUUUGAGUGAGAUGAGGUGAUCUGGCUCACACUUGCUAUGGCCCUCCUACCUUGUUGCUGUCAAUCUCUGUUAAUAGUCUUGUUCAUUCCAGUGUUGUUUAAUAUCUGCCUAUGCCAAGAAAUGUUAAUUGAAAUAAAGACUUAAUUUUCUUGUC